AUGGAGGUGUUGAUUCAGUUAUGGAUAGCUCAAGGCUUUCUUCAUUCAUCAUAUGGAAAUAGACAUCUUGAAGAUAUUGGUCGCGAAUAUUUUAUGGGUUUGCUUUGGAGGUCGUUUUUCCAAGACGUACAAAGAGAUAUAGUUGGUGAAAUAGGAAAGUGCAAAAUGCAUGACCUUAUUCACGAUCUUGCACAGUCAGUAGCAGGUGAGGAGUGCACAAUUUUAUAUCCAGAUAGAGAAAAAGUAGUUGGAAGAACUCGUCAUGUGGCAUUUAAUUCUUCAGAUUCAUUACUGGAUAUUCCUCCUCUUUUGCCCAAACCUAACAAAAUGAGAACACUUCUUCUACACAUUCCAAUACUUCCAGGAUUUGAUGAUGUGCUUAACUUGAACAAUGUGGUACUUGAGUUGAAUAAGCCAGUCUCUAAUACACUUAAUUCAAGUUUUAAAUGCUUGCGUGCUUUGAAUUUGAGUCGGACAAGUGUUCAAAAAGUGCCGAAUUCCAUUGGCAAGUUAAAGCAUUUAAGAUUUCUAGAUCUGUCUAGGAAUGAAGAUAUCAAACUACUCCCUGCUUCUAUAACUAAAUUGCAGAAUUUGCAAACACUAAGACUUGAGUUUUGUCGUGGGCUUAAAGAAUUGCCAGAAGAGACUAGAAACUUAAUCAGCCUUAGGCAUCUUGGGCUAGAAGGGUGUGAUAGCUUGAAUGGUGUGAGGUUAUCUAGUUGGGUGUCCUCACUCUCAAAUUUGACUUCUCUUCGAAUAUGGAAUUGUAAGGGGCUUCCACAUAUCCCACCAUUGGACCGAUUCCCUUUUCUGAAGGAUCUCUAUCUUAGAAACUUAAGUGAGUUGGAGUACAUAAGCAAUGAUGGUAGUGACGUGUCCUCUUCUCCCCUCAAAAUUCUCAGACUUGUUGAUUUGCCAAAGUUGAGGGGAUGGCGAAAGACGAGGGAAAGAGAUCAUCUUCCAUUAUUACCUUCAUUUUCUUCCCUUUCUCAUUUAUUUAUCUGUAAUUGCCCUAUGAUGUGCCUAACAACACCCUCCUCUUCCUCUCCCCUUUCCGAUCUCUCGAAAUUGAAGCAUCUUUAUCUUUUGGGAUUAGAGGAACUUGAAUAUCUGCCACUAGAGUGGCUGCAAAACCUCACUUCUCUUAGGACCCUGGGGAUUGUGGAUUGUCGUAAAAUGAGAAUAUCAAUUUCUCCACUCUUUCAACAUCUCACCUCACUUGAAAAUCUGUUUAUUCUUCGCUGCGAAGAACUUAUCAGCAAUGAGAAUGAAGAUGGCGCACAUGGCCUUGGACCCACAAGGUUUGGUCAUCUAUCUAUCAUUGGCGUUCCAAAUUUGGUUUCUCUCCCAAUAGAGCUUAGAGAUGUUACCACUCUGCAAGGGCUUCAAAUUAUGUAUUGCCCUAGUUUGGUGUCUUUACCGGAGUGGAUAAGCGAUCUCACUUCACUUCAGGAGCUUGAAGUCGUAAAUUGUCCAAAGUUAAUAUCACUGCCCGAAGGUAUGCGCCGCCUCACCUCUUUACGUCGUUUGACAAUUGCGGAGUGUCCUUGCUUGGAGGAAAGAUGUGAACAAGGAACGGGAGAGGAUUGGCCAAAGAUUGCUCAUGUCCCAAACUUUCGUAAAGGCAGCGAUGGUAAUCUCAAAGAAUGGAUAGCAAGCCGAACUCGCCAAUUUGUUGAGCAAGCAUAUAGUUUCACGUAUGGACACUUCUUCAGACAAUCAGAUUUGUACAAAGCUCUAACAUUUACAGCUUGGUCUUUUAAUUAUCUUCUCAAAGAUCAUAAGGUGCUGAAAGCUGAAGCAGUAGAUAUUAGCCUUGGAGUGGAUCAGGAGGCGUUUGUGAAAAUGGUGCUCUAUGUCCAUUGCCCAAAAAGAGACAAUUCCUUUGAUACGUGCUGGCCUGUCUGUCAGCUUGAGCAGCAAUUGUUUGAUCAUGUUUUCCCAUCUUCUUCGGAGGAUGUUUCAUGUUUGGCUCCAUUGAUUAGUCCUCUGUUUAUUGAUCAAAUAUUCUCCUCUUUUUCCAUGUGUGGUGCCAUGGUUGAGGCUUAUUCAAUAGAAAGUAUAAUUUGUAAUACAGUGGGGAUCAAUCAGAGUUUUCCUAGCUAUGAUCUACUUGAUGUGAUAUUGCAACUUAGAUACAAGUGA